AUGGAUAAAGGCCUGGAGAUGACGGAGAACAAGGCAGCAUUCCUGGAACUGGGUGUGGUGGAGCCAGCUCAUGGCUCCGAGUUUGAGUUCACCGACUUCACUCUCCCCAGCCAGACGCAGACGCCCCCCGGCGGCCCCGGCGGUCCUGGGGGUGGCGGCCCGGGGGGCCCGGUCGGUGCAGGCGCAGGAGUUGCGGCCGGACAGCUCGACGCGCAGGUCGGAGGACCUGAAGGCAUCCUGCAGAAUGGGGCCGUGGAUGACAGUGUGGCCAAGACCAGCCAGUUGUUGGCCGAAUUGAACUUCGAAGAAGAUGAAGAGGAUACUUAUUACACAAAGGACCUCCCAGUACAUGCCUGCAGUUACUGUGGAAUACACGAUCCUGCUUGCGUGGUUUACUGUAAUACCAGCAAGAAGUGGUUCUGUAACGGACGUGGAAAUACUUCUGGCAGCCACAUUGUAAAUCACCUUGUGAGGGCAAAAUGCAAAGAGGUGACUUUGCACAAAGAUGGGCCCCUGGGGGAGACGGUCCUGGAGUGUUACAAUUGUGGCUGCCGCAACGUCUUCCUCCUUGGCUUCAUCCCUGCUAAGGCUGACUCGGUGGUAGUGCUGCUGUGCAGGCAGCCUUGUGCCAGUCAGAGCAGCCUCAAGGACAUCAACUGGGACAGCUCGCAAUGGCAGCCCCUGAUCCAGGACCGCUGCUUCCUGUCUUGGCUGGUCAAGAUCCCUUCAGAGCAGGAGCAGCUGCGGGCUCGGCAAAUAACCGCUCAGCAGAUCAACAAACUAGAGGAAUUGUGGAAGGAGAAUCCUUCUGCCACCUUGGAGGACCUAGAGAAGCCGGGGGUGGAUGAGGAGCCGCAGCAUGUCCUCUUGCGGUAUGAGGAUGCCUACCAGUACCAGAACAUAUUCGGGCCUCUGGUCAAGCUGGAGGCCGAUUAUGACAAGAAGCUCAAAGAGUCCCAGACUCAAGAUAACAUCACAGUCAGGUGGGACCUGGGCCUUAACAAGAAGAGAAUCGCCUACUUCACUUUGCCCAAGACUGACUCUGAUAUGCGGCUCAUGCAGGGUGAUGAGAUAUGCCUGCGAUACAAAGGGGACCUAGCACCCCUGUGGAAAGGGAUCGGCCAUGUCAUCAAGGUCCCUGAUAAUUACGGUGAUGAGAUUGCCAUUGAGCUGCGGAGCAGUGUGGGUGCACCUGUGGAGGUGACGCAUAACUUCCAGGUGGACUUUGUGUGGAAAUCCACCUCGUUUGACAGGAUGCAGAGUGCACUGAAGACCUUUGCUGUGGAUGAGACCUCCGUGUCAGGUUAUAUCUACCACAAGCUACUCGGCCACGAAGUGGAGGACGUGAUCAUCAAGUGCCAGCUACCCAAGCGCUUCACAGCACAGGGGCUCCCUGACCUCAACCACUCUCAGGUUUAUGCUGUAAAGACUGUGCUGCAGAGACCUCUAAGCCUGAUCCAGGGACCACCAGGCACGGGGAAGACAGUAACCUCAGCCACCAUCGUCUACCAUCUGGCACGGCAGGGCAAUGGGCCCGUGCUUGUCUGUGCUCCAAGUAACAUAGCUGUGGAUCAGCUGACGGAGAAGAUCCACCAAACUGGGCUGAAAGUUGUGCGGCUCUGCGCCAAGAGCCGCGAGGCCAUCGACUCCCCGGUGUCAUUCCUAGCCCUGCAUAACCAGAUCCGGAACAUGGAUAGCAUGCCAGAGCUGCAGAAGCUGCAGCAGCUGAAGGAUGAGACUGGGGAGCUGUCAUCUGCUGAUGAGAAGCGGUACCGAGCCCUGAAGCGCACGGCCGAAAGGGAGCUGCUCAUGAAUGCGGAUGUCAUCUGCUGUACGUGUGUGGGUGCGGGGGACCCCAGGCUUGCCAAGAUGCAGUUCCGCUCCAUUUUAAUUGACGAGAGCACCCAAGCCACCGAGCCAGAGUGCAUGGUCCCUGUGGUCCUCGGAGCCAAGCAGCUGAUCCUUGUGGGUGACCACUGCCAGCUCGGCCCCGUGGUGAUGUGCAAGAAGGCGGCCAAGGCCGGGCUGUCUCAGUCGCUGUUCGAACGCCUCGUGGUGCUGGGCAUCCGUCCGAUCCGCUUGCAGGUCCAGUAUCGGAUGCACCCUGCGCUCAGCGCUUUUCCGUCCAACAUCUUCUAUGAGGGUUCUCUGCAGAAUGGCGUCACGGCAGCGGAACGUGUAAAGAAAGGGUUUGACUUCCAGUGGCCCCAACCUGAUAAGCCGAUGUUCUUCUAUGUGACCCAGGGCCAGGAAGAGAUCGCUAGUUCGGGUACCUCCUACCUGAACAGGACGGAGGCUGCAAACGUGGAGAAGAUCACCACGAAGCUGUUAAAGGCAGGUGCCAAGCCAGACCAGAUUGGCAUCAUCACGCCCUAUGAGGGGCAGCGCUCCUACUUGGUGCAGUAUAUGCAGUUCAGUGGCUCCCUGCACACCAAGCUCUACCAGGAGGUGGAGAUUGCCAGUGUGGAUGCGUUCCAGGGGCGCGAGAAGGACUUCAUCAUCCUCUCCUGCGUGCGGGCCAAUGAGCACCAAGGCAUUGGGUUUUUAAACGACCCCAGACGGCUUAAUGUGGCCCUAACCCGAGCGCGAUACGGGGUCAUCAUUGUGGGGAACCCCAAGGCCCUAUCCAAGCAGCCACUCUGGAACCACCUGCUGAAUUACUACAAGGAGCAGAAGGUGCUGGUGGAGGGGCCCCUGAACAACCUGCGAGAGAGCCUAAUGCAAUUCAGCAAGCCCCGGAAGCUGGUCAACACCAUCAACCCUGGAGCUCGCUUCAUGACCACAGCCAUGUAUGACGCCCGGGAGGCCAUCAUCCCAGGAUCAGUUUAUGAUCGGAGCAGCCAGGGUCGGCCCUCGAACAUGUACUUCCAGACCCAUGACCAGCUCGGCAUGAUCAGUGCUGGCCCCAGCCACGUGGCUGCCAUGAACAUUCCCAUCCCCUUCAACCUGGUCAUGCCACCCAUGCCACCCCCGGGGUAUUUUGGACAGGCUAACGGGCCAGCUGCAGGCCGGGGCACCCCAAAAGGCAAAACGGGUCGUGGCGGACGCCAGAAGAACCGCUUUGGGCUUCCUGGGCCCAGCCAGACAAACCUGCCCAGCAGCCAGGCCAGCCAGGAUGUGGCAUCACAGCCCUUCUCACAGGGUGCCCUGACGCAGGGCUAUAUCUCCAUGAGCCAGCCCUCCCAGAUGAGCCAGCCUGGCCUCUCCCAACCUGAGCUGUCCCAGGACAGUUACCUUGGUGAUGAGUUUAAGUCCCAGAUUGAUGUGGCGCUGUCGCAAGACUCCACAUACCAGGGAGAGCGGGCAUACCAGCACGGCGGAGUGACGGGCCUGUCCCAGUACUAGAAGGUGGCAGCAGAAGAGCUAAGCUAUGUGGCUUAGUCCAUCAGCAUCUUAUUCUGGGUAAUAAAAAAUAAAAAUAAAUGGAUACCUGUUUUCCACUGCUAAAACUGAAGCACCACUGUGAGCAACAGGAGAGGGAGAGGAGCACCCGAGGGAGAGCAGCCCGAGAUAGCGAGCGCCCACUGCUGGCACCGCGGCGAGGAGACGAGAGGGAGAGUGGAGGUGGGGCCGGCCCGCCCGCGAGCCCUGCAGCCCGCUCGCCAACGAGGCCCAGCUCGCCGCGUCCAUACCUGGGUCUACGACCAGGUGGAGGGAGGAAGACCCUCAUCUCAGAGUAGCCCUUUCCUCUGUUUUUUCUUUCUUUUUCUCUUUUAUUGAAAGGGGACUACGUUUUUGCAGGAAUAACUUGCAUUUCUGUGCUGAGCAGGCUCCUUGCAGGUGGCGACCACACCCAGAGAGCCCUGAAGAGUCUCGGGUUCUGUCCGUGCCAUCUGAGACCAUGCGGUCAUGCUGCCUGUGUUCUAAGAGGGUUUUCAUUUAAAGAAAAUAUGGUGUUUUGGGUUUUCUGUUUGUUUUUUUAAAGAUUCUUUCAAAGGAGUACUGGAAAAUACACUUUACUGAGUUUGUCUCUCAAACCUUAGUGGUGGACCUGGGAAAUGCAAGAAGCUUCCAGAAAUGAAGUUUAAACGAGCAACACAACGAGGUUAGGAUCAACACCUGUGACGCGAUCAUGGAGAGGAUUUUUGUUUUCAGUUUAGCUUCCAGCAGCUUCUCCCUGCGCAUCAGGGCAGUGAGGAAGCGCUGCCCCGGCCGAUGGGCAGCUCUAUGAGCUCUGCUGGACUCCAAGAAGCAAGGUGCUUCCCACGAGCAACGGACUCAGCCCCCCGAGGGACCCCGGCAGGACUGACCAUGUGGCCGGAGGGCGGGAAGGUGGCUGUUCCCUGCUGGUGUGGCUUCUCCAGGGUUCUUUGGAGGAUUUGGCAGAAGACAGCAGCCAAGAGGAGCCUUUUCCAAGGAGGCGCCCACAGUCACUGUGACUGUCGGACAAGCCAAGCACCAUCCCUUCCCUGCCCCAUUCUCCACCCCACUCCCAAGUUUGGAGCCCUUCUACCUAUGGGCUCAGCUUCAGUGAGGUGGGAUGGUUUCUGCUUUUGGGGGAAAAGUUUCAGAAAUAAGUUGGUUCUAUGCUGAAGGUGCUUGGAGGAGCUUGUCACAUCAGCUGGUAUAGGGGCAUUGGUGUGGGUUUGCAUUGCAGAAGUUCUGGCUGGGAGAGCCCCCUACCCUUGUUCCUUGCACACCAUGGGGGUGUUUGAUCAUCUCCCUGGUGGCCACCUAGUUGGGGACUGUCCCCUGCCAACCCAGACCCUAGUAACCUUGACCCCCCAGCGUCCCCUCCCUGUGCGCCUGAUAUUGGCCCUUAUCCGAAAGCCUCCAGAUGCCAGCUGGUACACAGGAACACACAGGCACCUUCCUUCUGGCAAGGCCUCUUAUUUAUCCCAUUGCUGUAGGAUUUUCAAUCCCCUUCUUUUGGUAGGCAGCCUAGAGGCAUCUGGCUUGAAUAGGCUUCGGCUGUGACCCUGUGCACCCACCCACCACCCUGUUCCUUCCUUGGAGUGCUCUGCCUCACUGUGCUGUUGGCUUUGUUCACCUUCUAGCAGCAAUUACUCUUGUGAGUUUUCCAAAUCAAAGAGCAUCUGUACCAAGGCAGUGUCACUUCUGAUUUUUGGUCAAUUUGUUUUAAGCUCUUUUGUCACCAAUAAAAUCUUAAACAAC